AUUCAAUGUUGAAAAGACAAUCAUUUGAUCACCAGAUCCAUCUUCAUUGCCACUGUUGAUCAAUUGAUGUUUGAUCUUGAAAGCAAAAAAAAAUCAAAACGACGUACAGACAAUAAAUACGAAAAUAAGCCAAACAUGCAAAAAAUGGUCUAUUCAUGUUCCAAGUGCCAUAAAGCCAUCACCGAACCGAUGGUAUCGAAAUGUGAUAAUCGCUAUUGGCAUUCAUCAUGUCUCACUUGUCAAAUGUGUGGCCAUACACCGUCGGUGGUUGGUGAACAAUCCAUGUAUAUGUUUCGUGGUUCAUUGAUUUGUAAAAAUGAUUAUAUGCGUAUUAAUUGCGUUUGUAAAACGUGUUCAAGACCACUCAGCCAAAGUGAUAUGGUGAUCAAAGCCAAUGGAUAUGGAUAUAUGCAUGAUAAAUGCGUUUUUUGUGGACGAUGUCAACAUCGUCUGGAAACCGGUGAUCGAUUCAUGCUCACCACCGAUCAGAUGAUCGUAUGCCAGAAAUGUAUUAUGCAACAACAUCCGCAAGGUCCGCCAGGUUCUGGUACGACCAGUGCUGGACCGAACGCUACACCACCGCAGCACUCAUUGCAUUCACAUCCACAUUCACAGAUGGUUAAUCCAACGCCUAUGGGCCCUAUGAUGCAACAACAUGGACCACAAGGGCCAUCAAUGCAUGGUCAUCAUUCAGGUUCAAUGAUAUCAAGUGGUGGUGGUGGUAAUCAUCACGGUCAUGGACCGCCGCCACCACAAUAUCCUCAUCACCAUUCUCAACAACAUCAACUAGGACAACCGCCUCAAAAUCAGCAUGGCAACCAUCAUUCGCACGGUCAAGGACCAUUAUCUGGACAGCAGCAAAAUUUUGGACCGCAACAACAUCAGCAACACCCUCACCCUCCACAUUCAUCACACUCAUCACAUUCACAUCCCCUGCAACCUCAUCAAUCAUCAAAUUUUAUGAUGGGAGGUGGACCACCCAAUGGAUAUCCACCACCGAAUCAAAAUAAUAAUAACGGAGCAAAUAACAUGAAUGGAAUGUAUGGCGGCCAUCAUCAUCCACAUCACCACCAUCAUCAUCAUCAUCAUCCUCAUAUGGGUCAUCAAACAGGGAUGCCGAAUUCUAAUGGGCCUCCUAAUGGCCCUCAACCACCUCAAUCAGCACCGAAUGGUAUUGGACCAGGAGUUAAUAAUGUCAACACAAGAGUAACGCCGCCAACAUCAACUACACCGAAUAAUUCGACUGGCAAUACGACGACCAACACAACUAAUACAACUAGUGGUGGUGGCGGUGGCCGCCGUGGCCGAAAAAGAAAUACACAGGUCAAAGAGGAAUUUUGAUUCCAUUUGAUUCGAAUGCAAAAAAACAAUCUUACAUAGCCAUAAUUUUAAUUUAGUGAGGAAUCACAAUUCAAAGAUUCGAAACAUUGCUCAAACGACAAAAAAAUGACGUUUUUUUUUAUUUCGCCAAACAAAUUUCGGCCAAAUUCUCAUUGAAAAAGAACUAAAGCAUCAAUUCUCCUCAUUUAUCAUCAUUGUGUAUUCAAUUUCACCGAA